AUGGAUGAUGAAUAUCAAUUAUAUCAUGAAUCUGGUUCAUUCGUUCGUUUUCUUGUUUCAUGGUCAUCAUCUUACAGUUUACUUUCGAAAAGAAUAGCUCAAUUAGCAAGAGAUAUAGCUCAAGCAGGAUUUUGGAAAUCAAAAGAAGUUAAUAUAAUGGAUGCAUGGCUUGCUGAUCUCCAUUCAGUUGGUUAUUCAUUUCCAUCAAUUAUUUCACCAUCUUCACCUCUCAUAAUACAAAAACGAGCAGCUGUAUGUGUAACUGGUCUUGCUGAAUGUAUUCAAGAAGCUUGGAUUCCAACUUAUACUAAUAUUCGACAGUGUCUUCAUGGUGAACUAGAUAUAUUUCUUUUUCUUUCUUCAUCACUUCAACAAGGACCUGUUCCGUUAAAUACUCGUUUGAAGCAAGUACGUUCGUAUAUGAAUUCAACUGUAACUAUACUCUAUGAAGAUCGAUUUAUUGAUCCAGGUAUUCCUUCGAAUUGUCAUCCUCGAUUUCAACUUCCUCGUCAUGCUACCUUCUCUGUUCCGGCUUAUUUUCAACAGUUAUGGUCACUCAAUGAAUGUUAUGAUCUUGUCAAAGACUAUGAAAAACGUUUUAAUAUUCAAUAUCAAUUAUUGAUUCGUGCUCGUGUUGAUACAAUAGCUAAAAUGCCACUAACAUUCGAACGUCAAGGCAUAUUUAAUGUCAAUACGACAAUACUUGUUCCACCUCAUCGUUAUUUUUCAGGAAUUGACGACGGUUUUGCUUUAGGUCCAAUCGAACUAAUGUCUCACUAUAUGAAACGAUGGUAUAGUUUUCGACAAUGUCCGUCUGAUAGAAAUUUUCAUCCAGAGACUUAUCUUAAGAAAUAUUUAGCACGUUUUACGAACAUUACAAUUGAUCUUAACAUGAGUGGCGCUGCCGAUGCUAUACCGCAUCAUCGUGAACGAUGCCAUUAA